CGCGAAAAUCCGAGCCUUCGGCUUCAGCUCCCUCACCAUGCCGAAAGGGAGGCGGGCCAAUCCAAGCACCACCCGGGACGGUAUCUGGGUAAGGAAGGUGGCGACGGUCAGGCCAGAGUCUGGCUCACUUGGUCCGUUUGGCACGUGGAGGCAAGGAAGAGCCUGCAGGAGAGACGGUCAAAAAAAAAAAAAAAAAAAAAAGCAUAAUAGCCACGGAUUUAGGUUCAAACAAUGUGGAAACCUGCAAAUAUAUCCAGAAUCUCUUACAGCUACAAUGCAAAAGCAGAUAUUUAAUAUAGAUGCCAAUUAUCAAACUGGAAAAAAUGUGCCACUGAUGUACAAAGAACGUGAGAAAAAACCAGCAAAUACAUUUCCAUUUUCAAUCCAUGAUAAUAAACAUUGUUUAUUGACUAUGGGAGAGUAUUUAGAUUCUGGACUAGGAGUAAGAAAAUUUCAAGAAAAGUGUCAACACUAUUCGCCAAACUACUAUUUUUUGGCCCAUGAGCAAAUUCCUAGCAGCAAUGCCUACCAUUCUGUUUAUCAGACUUCAUUUGUCCAAUAUCCAGAUAUUAAACAUUCCAUUCUAGGUCGAUUUCCUAAAAGCCAUAUUGAUAAAUGCAUUGCUCUGCAUUCUGCACCUAAAAAUGAUUACAUGUGGUUUUCAAAAUGUUAUACUGGUUCUAAUCAUAUAACUCCUACAGAGGUUACUAAAUGCUCAGAACCUGAAAAACUUUCAACUGCUGAAGAAGAAAUAAAGUAAAUUUUCAGAUGCUCAUAAUAAUAAAGCAUAUUUCAUGUAGGACAUAAAAUACUUUUUUAAAAAAAUGUAAGGGAUCCAAUCUUUUCUGAAAUGAUUUCCAGAACCUAAAUGGCAUUAAAGUCAUGGCAAUUGGGUGAAUGGUUGUAUUCAUACACUUUAUUUCCUUAAAAGAUCAAUGCUGUCAUAGGAAAAGGAAACUUUUUAAUACUGCUUUGAAUAUACAUUUAGUUUUCCCUUCUCAAAAUAAAUAUUAAAAUGUUUCACUUUUUA